CCAACCUAUGGGUGAAAACCGCGAGAACUUAUACUCAAGAGUGAAUAAUAUAUGGGGUUUAUUUUCUUUUUUUCCACAACUCCGUGUGGGGUUGAUAGGAAUGGAGACGAGUAUAUAUUUAAUCCAACGAAGUCGAGGUCUUUGGAUUUUUUUUGUGGAAAAACAAGAAUGGAGGAAGACCACGACUCUUCAACCAAUCAUAUUCAUAUGUCUUGUGCAUGCCUCUUUUCUACGUGUAGCCAUACUUAAGAUUCUAUACUUGCCUUGCCAUGCUUAGAGCUUAGAGCUUAGAGGUUGGAGCUUAUGCUCUAAUGGCCGACUGUAACAUCAAAUACGCUUCUUCAAUCAUCCUACUCACUUUCAUAUCUCUCCAUGCUUCCUGCUACUCACAGUACACUCCCCUCGACAACAUAGUUCUUAGUUGUGGGUUCUCUGGUAGCCCAUCUGUAUCCAUUGACAACCGCAUCUGGGUUGGAGACGUCAACUCGAACUUCUUCCCGUUAGAUUUCCAUCGAAACAACGACUCCAAAACCCAAAACUCUUCACCCUCCGAUUACGCCCCUUACUUAGCUGCACGGUUGUCUCACUUCCAAUUCACCUACUUUUUUACGGUCACUCCCGGCCAGAAGUUUGUUCGACUUCACUUCUAUACCGAUACCAAUACCAAUACCGAUACCAACAAGGCUGUCUUCUCUGUCAAAGCUGGCCCCUUUACCCUUCUUCGCGAUUUCAAUGUUUCUGCCUACUCCGACGUCGUUCGCUCCAACAGCUUUUUUCGGGAGUAUUGUGUUAAUGUGGAGGGAAACAAUCGGACACUCAAUAUUACGUUCACUCCCUCAAGUGAAGACUUGUAUGCUGUUAUUAGUGGGAUUGAGAUAGUAUCCAUGCCGGUGAAUCUUUAUUAUACGCAACCAGAACCUCACGACCAAGGUGGUCGAGGAAUGAAUCAAAUUGGCCAUGAUAAUAAGCGCUUCCCAAUUGAAAACUACACAUCUCUUGAGAUGGUGUACCGAAUGAAUAUUUGUGGAGAACUCGUCUCCCCUGUUCACGAUACCGGAAUGUUUCGAACUUGGUCGAGGGAAAGUAAUUUGUCGGAUGAGUACUUAGAUGAUGCUUGUCCUACUAAUUUUGAUAUCCACCUCAAUCACAUCAGAAUUCCGGCAUACUCUGCUCCAGACACUGUGUAUCAAUCUGCCCGAACCAUGGGACCGAACGAUACAAGGAACAAGAGCUACAACCUUACAUGGGUGUACCCUGUAGAUCCUGGGUUCUUUUACAUGAUUCGGCUGCAUUUCUGCGAGUUCCAAGAAGAAAUCAACGACACGAAUGAAAGAGUGUUCUUGAUUUAUAUCGCAAACACGAUUGCUGAAACGUCCGCCGAUGUGUUUGGUUGGGCCGGCGGGAAAGGCAUUCCAUACUACAGAGAUUACGCUGUGAAUAUGCCUCCUAACAAUGGCGAAAUGAAAGUGAAUCUGUCCGUUACGCUUCAAGCAAACCCAGAAGACUGGAGAACGAGAUUCACUAACGUGAUCUUGAAUGGUAUCGAAAUCUUCAAAUUAAAUGAUUCGAGCGGCGACCUCGCCGGCCAAAACCCAGAUCCACCGCCCACUCUGCCUCUUCUACCGCCCACCCCACAAUCAAGGAAAUCAGAUAGAAAAAUGGUGGGUGUUCUAAUCCCUGCAGUGGUUGGAGGUGUGACUGCCACAUUAGCUCUGGGAUUGUUUGUUUUCUGUCGACGCAGAACAUUUUCCGACCAGACCUCGAGCGACGGUACUUCCUGGUGGGCUCCGUAUUCCAUAUCAACAAACAAAUCAAGUAAGACUCGCAACUCAAAUCUCCCAUCUGAUUUAUGUCGUUACUUUUCAUUGGCGGAGAUUAAAUCCGCCACCAAAAACUUUGAUGACAUUUUCAUCAUCGGCGUCGGCGGAUUCGGUAACGUCUACAAAGGAUACGUCGACGACGGAGCCACCCAAAUAUUGCGUCAAAUCAAACGGUUGAAGCCUGGUUCUAAACAAGGAGCACACGAGUUCAAAACAGAGAUCGAGACGCUCUCACAACUUCGUCAUCUCCAUCUCGUCUCACUAAUUGGGUAUUGCAAUGAGGGCAACGAAAUGAUUCUAGUCUACGAUUAUAUGUCUCAUGGUACCCUUCGUAGUCACCUCUACGGCGACGACGAACAACCUCUCACAUGGAACCAGCGCCUCCAGACCUGUAUCGGAGCUGCCAGAGGACUACACUACCUUCAUACUGGUGCCGAACACACCAUCAUCCACCGCGAUGUGAAAACCACAAAUAUCUUACUGGACGACAAAUGGGUUGCUAAGGUUUCUGAUUUUGGAUUGUCCAAAAUCGGGCCAACCAACAUGUCCAACGCACACAUUAGCACAGUAGUCAAAGGUAGCUUCGGUUAUCUCGACCCAGAGUAUUGCCGACGACGACAACUCUCAGAAAAGUCCGACGUAUAUUCAUUUGGGGUGGUUCUCUGCGAAGUACUCUGCGCUCGCACACCAAUUAUUCAUACAGUCGCCAAUACUCGAGUUCUAUUGACAGAAUGGGUAAAACAAUGCAUUUAUGAGAAGAAAGUUACAGAAAUGGUAGACCCAAUUCUUCAAAACCAAAUUGGAACAGAGUGCUUCAGGAAAUUCGUUCAAGUUAUGGUGAGUUGCAUUCAAGAUGAGGGAAACAAGCGACCAUCGAUGAACGAUGUGGUACGAGGCCUAGAGUAUGCAUAUCAACUACAAGAGAGUUCUAAGGAGGAUAAUGUUGAACUGAGUAGCCUCGACAACGAAGAUGGUUGGCUCUUGAGGGAGGGGAUGUCUAGUAACACUAGUAUAGAAAUGAAUGAGAAUUCAAGUAAUGUGUAUAAUAAUGGGAUGUCAGGGAUUGUUUCGAGCCUACAAGCAAGAUAAAUGUCCCUUAAUUCAUUUCAAUGCUCGAAUUGGAUUCAUAUUAUUGACAGUCUAAUACUAUACAUAAAGAUAAUAAGACCCAAAACUUUGGGCUGUCUUUUCCACUUAUGGUCAUUAUACCAGUCCAU